AUGGACCAUGUACCAACAAAACAUUACAAACUACCUGACAGUUUCUACACACCAAUCUCUUCAGCGCCUAUAAUGAAGUUCACCAACACGUGCGCAAUGGUCAGCGCUCUCGGAGCGUCCGCCUUUGCCACUCCCCUGCAAGGCUCGGACAAGAUCUUUGCGGUUGCUCCCCUCGGUGCUGGAGACGCUCUCUUCACCAAGCCCAUCAAUGAGACUGAAGCAUUCUUUAUUGGUGGCAAGGCAGUUCCGCACAAGGAGUACCCAUUCAUGGCGGCUGGCCACCGUGCCGGAGGACCACGCCCUAAUGGACAAAGCUGCAGCGGAUCCGUCAUCGCCCCUCGCAAAGUCGUUAUUGCCGCCCAUUGUGCCGAUGCCUCCGGUACCAAGACCGUAGUCUAUGGCAGUGAUGAUGUUGGCAAGGGUGAACCGAAGAAACUGGAAGUUCUUAGCUACAAGAAGCACCCCAAAUACUCCAACUUCCAACAGGGUUAUGACGUUGCGGUUAUCACAACCAAGGAAGAUAUUGUCCCAGCUGACUUCAAAUUCCCCAAGUUCGCAACAUCCAAGGACGCUGGAAAGGUGAAAUUCGGCACGGAAGCCUUUGCUCUUGGCUAUGGUAAGAAGGAUGUGGAUGAUAAGCAGAAGAACGCAGAGCUGCACCGAGCCGAAUUCCCUGUUGUCGAUCCUGCAGAGUGCGACAAGACAGGACAAGGCUUGAAGGUUGUUCCUGAACAACAGUUCUGCAUUGGAACCCCCACUGGUCGUCCAACAACCUGUCUUCAGGGCGAUUCUGGCGGUCCCAUGAUCGUUGAUGGUGUCAUCUAUGGUAUUUGCUCUUGGAGCAAGAGCACCUGGGACUGGUACAGCAUCUACAACCGUCUCGACAACGAGGUCGGUGACUGGGUUGCCGAGGAACUUAAGAAGUAA